AUGGGUGUGAUACGCAAGAAAAUCGGCAAAAGAGGAGUAGAGGGUGGUGUUAAAUACGUCUGCGACGUCUGCUCCUCCGAUAUUACAUCAACAGUCCGCAUCCAUUGCGCCGACCCAGCAUGUACCGACUUUGAUCUUUGUGUCUCUUGCUUCGCCAAGGGUGAAGCACGUAAUGCACACGAGCCCGCUACCCAUCCUUUCCGCGUCAUUGAACAGAAUUCCUUCCCAAUCUUCGAAAAAGACUGGGGAGCUGACGAGGAACUUUUGUUGUUGGAAGGCGCUGAGACGUACGGCCUGGGCUCUUGGGCCGAUAUUGCCGACCAUAUUGGAGGCUUCAGAGACAAGGACGAAGUCCGCGAUCACUAUCUCGAAACAUAUGUCGACUCUCCCAACUUCCCUCUCCCGAAACGAUGCAACCCUCAUGACUACGAACUAGCAAGCGAAACACCGCGUGAAGAAUUUCAAUCGCGCAAGAAGCGUCGUAUUGAAGAACGCCGAGAAGCUUCGAAAAAUGUUCCAGUUCCACAAGCCAAGUCCAAGCCGACGGCAAGUGUGCCCAGCUGUCACGAAAUCCAGGGCUACAUGCCGGGUCGCUUGGAGUUCGAGACCGAAUAUGCCAACGAAGCAGAAGAGGCUGUUGCAUUGAUGCAGUUCGACCCCGGAGAGGGCAUCAAUCCUCGCACAGGAGAAAUUGAGCCUGAGAUGGAGCUCAAGCUGACCGUCAUGGAGAUUUACAACUGCCGGUUGACGCAGCGUAUCGACCGGAAGAAGGCCAUCUUUGAGCAUGAUUUGCUCGACUACAGAGAAAACACAAAGCUUGAAAAGAAGCGAACCAAGGAGGAAAAGGACUUACUCACCAAGACGAAGCCCUUUGCGCGAAUGAUGAACCACCAAGAUUUCGAAGACUUUUGCCAAGGACUCUUGGACGAGCUCAAUCUGCGCCAAGCCAUUGCACAGCUUCAAGAGUGGCGCAGCUUGCGCAUCGGAGACUUGAAGAAUGGCGAAAAGUACGAGGCAGAAAAGUCGCAGCGCCUACAAAAGUCCAUUCCCAUGGGCUCCAUGGAUCGCGAGCGACUGGCCGCCGCCCAGCGAAGCAAAGGCGUCAUACCAGCCGAACCACCCAGUGGUGCUGCAUUGUUGCUUGCGCCAGACCUACCCAUUCGAUCGACAACGGCACAGACAAACGGCGAGAGCUACAAGAAUGCGCUGGCAAAUGACCAGCCCAACGGAGUAAAUGGGGUCAACGGGCAUGGGCCGGCAAAACUUAAGUACACAGCCCAGCCCAUCUCAGGCGUUCAACCUCUCCAGCUAUCACCAGACACGGCGCCUGACUUGCACCUGUUGACGCCUGAAGAAGCACGACUCUGCGAGGUUGUGCGACUCCAACCAAAGCCCUACCUAAUGAUCAAGGAGCAGAUUCUCAAGGAAGCCCUCAAGACCAAUGGCCUGCUAAAAAAGAAGCAGGCCAAGGAUAUUUGCAGAUUGGACACACAAAAGGGCGCGAGGAUUUUCGAUUUCUUCAUUAAUGCCGGCUGGGUCGGCAAGGCAUAA